UAUGCAGAACUCGGCGUUAAGAUUCCUACACCUUCGCCGUACAAUCCGGUUGCAUCGAAUUCGCCAUUCACAAGCUCUCCAUCGAACAAGCAAGAUGCCACUCCCCUCGCAAGUCCACGCCGACGUUCGGACAACCCCCGUCAUCACCCAGAAGAUCAAGCCAGUGGCGGUGGGCAUGCCAGAGAGCAUUAUCAGCACUGGUCGGGUUAAUCAGGUCCUUCCGGACGUCCCCAUGGACCCUAUUGAACAAUCUAAACGGCUCGCGGCAUUCCAGGCAGUGGACAACCAUGUCCUGCCGGAGCAUAGGGUCAUUGGAAUUGGAUCGGGAUCUACGGUUCCGUAUGUCGUGGAGAGGAUCGUGCAGCAGGGUGCCGAGGUCAACAAGGGACGGGUGUUCAUUCCAACUGGUUUCCAGUCGAAACAGCUUAUCGUGGACGCUGGACUGAACCUUGGAGAUGUCGACCAAUAUCCGACGAUUGAUGUUACGCUGGAUGGAGCAGACGGGGUGGACCAUCAACUGAAUUGCGUCAAAGGAGGAGGUGCAUGCCAUCUACGAGAGAAGGUGCUGGCGGAGGCUGCGAGGACAUUCGUUCUCGUCGCAGAUUAUCGGAAGAAUGUGCAGUACUUGGGUACCAAGUUCGCGCAAGGUGUCCCCAUUGAGGUUGUACCGUUCGCGUACGCCAAGGUUCUGCAAAAUUUGCACCACAUUCUGGGCUCUCCGAAGGCGACGUUACGGAUGGCGAUCAAGAAAGCUGGGCCGGUCGUCUCAGACAAUGGAAACUUCAUCAUCGACGCGCCGUUUGAGAGGGAACAUAUGAUAGACCCCUACGUGAUCAUGGCUCAAAUAAAGAUGCUAACCGGGGUGGUUGAGGUUGGCCUGUUCUGUAAGAUGGCGAAGGCGGCAUACUUUGGGAACCAGGACGGUUCUGUCACCAUACGCUGGAAGGACGGCAAAGUGCAGGAGAUUGCUGCUAAGAAUAUAGCUGCUGUUUG